AUGACGCAGCUCUACUCUGCUGCUCCAGCCCCGCUGUUGUGCACCUUCGCUGUGCUGUUCAAAAUGUCUCUGUCAGUGGACCACGUACCGAUGCUGCUUUGGUCAACUCAGAGAUCGCAGUGGAAUCCAGACACUACUUUGCACGAAGGACACGUUGUCUCAGCACGUGAGCUGACUGUACUUUUGCAACCUGUUUUUACCCAGAAUUCCAGAAACCUCAUCUUGUUCCUGCAAGACACACUUAGCAUAGAUGAUUUCACAUACCUCAGUGAGUCCUACGGUAACAAGAAUCCAUUUCAAAAUGUUCAGGAAAUUCUUCAGUCUUCUCCUUCAUCUUUAGUUUUGCCAGCUGUUGACUGCAAGGCUACCAGGUAUCUUCUGAGCUUUCUUCAGGAGUCAGGAGAUUGGAAGUUAACAAACGUAACUAAUCUCGAUGUCUCUCAGCUGGAAGUGAAUGCAUCUAAACAAAACUUACUGGUGGUUCAGCUGCAACCACUUGUCAGUGGUUUAAAUGAGAUUUCCACCCUGGAAGCAAUUGCUGAAAAUGACAAAAUAAUUGGAAGACUGACCAUGGAUCUGCAGGAACGAGGGAUUCAUUUUUCAGUAAUUUAUACUGCAUCGAGACCUUCAAGGAUUUCUAGAAGAACUGAUGUGGUGGGGGAAUUAAGACGACAAUUAAUGGCCACUGGGGAAGAAGACAGUUUAUCAUAUCCUCCUCUGAAUGUGACCACUGGAAAUGAUAUAUGCAUCCUUUUUUACGCUAGUAAUUUCAGCCUCAAAGCCAACAGUUCAGUUUUUAUAGAUUUGACAAAUGCAACAUUUGUAAUGCAGAACGUGGAUAUUUCUUCCUCUGAGUGCUCAGACAUCAACACAACACUGUCAUUAAAAUACACAAAGCCAGUGAAUGGAAUCAGCAGCCUAGAGAUAAGGUUUUUAAUGACCAACAAGUUCUAUGGAGGCUCGGCUAGAAAUUGGUCCACUUUAGAUUCAGUUGAGAUUGUACAAGAUGGAGAAAAGUUUGCUAAAUUUAAUGUUUCUGUCAUCUCUGCUCCUGCAGAGUAUUCAUUUCAUUGUCAGCUGGUGGGAACAAGCAAUCUCUACCCUGCAAUGCUGAUUCCAUCCAACAAUGAGGCAAAAAACUGGGAUGUUUUCAUUUCCAGGUUGCAAAUUCAAGGCUUCAACAUUGAAAAUGACCAGUUUUCCUAUGCAAGUGACUGUACAGGCUUCUUCAUUCCUGGCAUCUGGAUGGGUUUGGUGACAUCUGUAGUUUUACUGUGGAUCCUGGCCUAUGGAAUCCAUAUGAUCAUGCAGCUCACAACAAACAGCAGAUUUGAUGAUCCCAAAGGUCCAGCUCUGUCAGUUCCUCAGACAGAAUAGCCAUGGAUUGAUUUAAUGCUGCUACAGCUUUUCCUGGUCUGAUAUUUAUGAUUUUUAUAACCUUUCUACUUCAUAAAAUGUUUAACCUAAAAAAAUAUCAUAGCAGAAAGGGAUAAUUAAACUACAUAUAAAAAGGAUCCUUAUGCUUGGCAACAGUAAUAAUUCUACUUAUUACCAUCAUUUGUUAAUAGCUAUUUGCCCUAAGAGUCUGAGGUGAGGCUGUAGAGGUUAUUACUUUAUUUGGCUAUUAGAAAGACCAGUACAAACUGCCUUCAGAUUAACUAUUAUUGGCAAAAAAAGGAUAUCACAACAGAGAUAAAUGGGAAGGAUUUAUAAGUAACUUAUUCAGCAAGAAACU